UUUUCAUCGAUCGUUACCUACUGAAGCUUUUCACAAUGAUGCUACACCUUGAGAACUACCAUGUCAUUGGAAGGAUAGGUGAAGGUGCUCAUGGCAUUGUACUCAAGGCCAAGCACAUCAAGACUGGUGAGCUAGUGGCUCUCAAGAAAGUCCAACUCCGGAAGCUAGAAGACGGGAUACCCAAUUCAGCACUUAGGGAGAUCAAAGCACUUCAAGAGAGUGCAGAGAACCAUCAUGUGGUUCGCUUGAGGGAGGUGUUUCCAAUGGCCAGUGGGUUUGUACUGGUGUUUGACUACAUGCUCUCAGACUUGUCCGAAGUUGUGAGGAACUCAGAGAGACCACUAACUGAGGCACAGAUCAAGAGCUAUAUGCUGAUGCUACUCAAAGGUGUGGCCUACCUCCAUGGCAAGUCUAUAAUGCAUAGGGACCUGAAACCUGCCAAUCUGCUCAUCAGUCCGACUGGCCAUCUCAAGAUAGCCGACUUUGGUCUGGCCAGAGUGUUCUCUGCUGCUCCGGAUGACCAAGAGCCUCAGAGACAGUACAGUCACCAAGUGGCCACCAGAUGGUACAGAGCCCCAGAGUUGCUGUAUGGGUCGAGGAGCUACGAUCCUGGUGUGGACUUGUGGGCUGUGGGAUGCGUGUUUGGAGAGCUAAUUAACAACUCUCCAUUGUUCCCUGGUGAGAAUGAUAUCAACCAGCUGUACUGUGUACUGCGAGUGCUGGGCACACCUAAUGAGAGCAUCUGGCCGGGACUACUGGAACUGCCUGACUACAAGAAGAUAGAGUUCCCUGACAUGCCUCCCAUACCUCUGGAGGAGGUGGUGCCCGAGGCCUCCCCUGAGGCACUGAACCUGUUAAACAAGUUUCUGAUUUACAACUCUAAGAAAAGGAUUCAAGCGAGUGAUGCGCUGCUGGACCCGUACUUGUUCAGCCCUCCCCUCCCUGCCCACCACUCAGAGCUGCCCAUACCCAACAGAGCCCUCAACAAGAUGGAGGACACACUGGACAUACAAACUCCUAUCCAGGACGCCCUCAUCACACCCAAGCAGCUGGCUACCUAUGCUGCUCUCAUCACCCUGCCCUCAUAACUAUGAGACUCUCUUAGCUAUCUGUAAUCCUAAUGUAUGACAUUCCUAAUUUCUCGUAGACAUUACUACUGUGGUAUAACAUUCUUUUGACAGCUAGCUAA